AUGCAUUAUUUUGUUAAUCAAUUGGCUCCCUGGCUCGACCUCUACGAUACUGAGAGCUACUUCGCAACGAUUGUUCCACAGCGGGCGCGGACAUGCCCUCCUCUCCUAAAUGCAAUUUUCACUACCUCUGCCAAACACCUGAGUCGUGUGAAAAUGUAUCAUGCUCGUGGACAAUCCAAAUACGACGGAAAAAUAAUCGCCAACUUGACAGCUGAGACAGCCAUCCACUACCAUAACCAUUGUAUUGAGCAUUUGAUUUCGUUGCCGGAGAGCCUACCGGAGAUAGAGAAAGAAAAUCUACUUGCUGCGGCAAUUAUUCUUCGUUUCUACGAGGAGGUGGACGCUCCAUCCAUAGCAGAGGACAUGGAAAAUGCAGUCAGUGGCAUCCAGGUUUUUCUCAAUAUUCACACCAUGUCAACUUCUCCAGAUAGUGGGAACCUCCAUGCCGCAUAUUGGGUAAUACUACGUCAGGAGGCACUUACUGCCUUUGCAAAACAACGCCCCUUUCGGAUUCCGCUGGGUCCGUGUUUGUCUUAUCGGUCUUUUGAGCCCGCAGAUGACUUUGUAUGGACUAACAGGCUUGUGAUUCACCUUGCCGAUGUGCUGCAGUUCUGCUUUGGGGUGAAUGAGAAGCUCUCAACUGCGGCCCAGCAAAGACUAUCACCUCAGAAAACCACAUCGGAAUCAAGCACUGCCAACACGGAUAUGUCACUUUCUGAGCGUCUUGCUCGCUAUGACAAGCUAGUCGCUUUUGGUACAUACUGGGAAGAGCACAAGCCUCCUUCGUUCGUGCCGAUCUACGCUCGAGACCCAGACUGUUUACGCGGAGAGGUCUUUCCAGAAAUUUGGUUCCUUGGAAGCUGCCAUGCGGUUGGAAUCCAACAUUUGGAACUCGCGAGGAUCCUACUCACUGUCUAUAACCCGAAAGUUGUGCGCUUGGGAUUAAACCGGCAAGCAACAUUGCUUUCGAUUGAUCACGAAGUCAAAACGAUAGUAUUGAGACUCUGCGGCAUAGCUACCACACAUCGAAGUGUGGUUCCUGCACUUCUUACAGCAUGUAUAGCAAUUGCCAUGUGUGGGGAUCGCUUCACAGACCACUCACAGCAAGAGGCUCUUCUGAGUAUUUUAGUCGAGCUCGAAGAAGAGCAUGCAUGGCCGACAAAAGCUACACAGAUACAGCUGAAAGAUGUCUGGGGAUGGAAGGAUGGGUGA